ACCGAGCCGUUGGCAGCACUGUUCUUACUCACACAAUUUGUCUCCGUCUCGCGAGUGUUCGCAACCGUUACAAGUGUCCGUGUCUCGGAUUGUGGUCUUUUCACUAAAUAGCAGUGAAAUUGUGUAUUGGAUAUUCAUUUUAUCAGAAUCUGUAAUGCAAUAGAAGAUUACUGAAAGUCGAGCCCCGGAACAUUAACAUGAAAAUGGUUCUAUCUCAACGCCAGCGAGAGGAGCUUAACAAAGCCAUCGCUGAUUACCUCGGUAGCAAUGGUUACAUGAACGCAUUGGAAGCGUUCAAAAAAGAGACAGACAUGCCCGGCGAACUCGAGCGCAAAUUCGGCGGUCUCCUCGAAAAAAAAUGGACUUCAGUGAUACGUCUCCAGAAGAAAGUCAUGGAACUUGAAUCGAAACUUCACGAAGCUGAAAAAGAAUACAUCGAGGGGGCGCCAACUCGCGGAAAACGUAGUCCAGCCGAGUGGAUCCCCCGACCACCUGAGAAAUACGCCCUGACGGGUCAUAGAGCCCCCGUCACUCGUGUCAUAUUCCAUCCGAUGUUUAGUCUUUUUGUAUCGACGAGUGAAGAUGCAACGAUUAAAGUGUGGGAUUUCGAAACGGGGGAAUACGAGAGGACCCUCAAAGGUCACUCGGAUGCCGUUCAAGAUGUCGCUUUCGACGCAACGGGAAAAUUAUUGGUGUCUUGUAGCGCUGAUAUGUCGAUAAAAUUGUGGGAUUUCCAACAGAGUUACGAAUGUAUCCGAACAAUGCUCGGCCAUGAUCAUAAUAUAUCGUCGGUGGCGUUUAUGCCGGCGGGGGAUUUCGUCGUGUCGUCAAGCAGGGAUAAAACGAUUAAAAUGUGGGAGGUUUCGACGGGUUAUUGUGUGAAAACGUUCACGGGACACAAGGAUUGGGUCAGAGUGGUGAGACCAUCGCCGGAUGGAAGCCUCCUGGCGAGUUGUUCUAAUGAUCAGACUGUCAGAAUAUGGCAGGUUUAUACGAAGGAAUGCCGAGCCGAGUUGCGAGCACACGAGCAUGUGGUCGAAUUUGUGGCAUGGGCCCCGGAUUCGGCGGCGAAUGCCAUCAACGAAGCGGCGGGAGUGGAUAACAAAAAGGGGGCGCAUAUGGGGCCGUUCCUCGCCUCGUGCUCGAGGGAUAAGACAAUCAGGAUAUGGGAUGUGGGCGCGGGAGUGGCUCUCUUCGUGUUGAUCGGUCACGACAAUUGGGUUCGAGGGGCUGUUUUCCAUCCCGGUGGUAAAUUUUUAGUGUCGGUUAGUGACGACAAAACAUUGAGAGUUUGGGAUUUGAGAAAUAAGCGCUGUUUAAAGACGUUAGAUGCUCACAAACACUUUUGUACGUCUGUAGAUUUCCACAAAUCACAUCCUUUCGUGAUUUCGGGAAGUGUAGAUCUAACGGUGAAAGUGUGGGAAUGCCGUUAACUUUUUUUUCACGGUUGGAGUGUAAUUUAAUUAUUUAAGCCAAAACAUUUAUUCCUUUUUGAAAGGUUUUUAUUUAGUGCAAAUUCAGUUUUUUGUGAUUUUUUUUGUUUCAUUAAAAUUGGAUUUAAGGUCUGGAAUUUUUUUCUUUUCAUGUGUGAAUGAUUUGUAGUUUCCGUUUAGAACAAAGUUUAUUUUUGUUAUCUUACGAUCGGUCUUUUUUGUGAUAUAUUUUUAUUAGAAACUGAAAGUUAGUUACUCUUAAAUGCUUCAGAUAUUUAAUAAACAGGCAGUGGAUAUUGAUGGAAUUAUUAUUGACAGUUCUCGAUACUCUUGUUUAUUAUUUUCUUUUGUUUUUUAUCGAGAUGUGUCAGAAAUAAGUUCAUAAAAAAAUGUAGAGCUUUUUCAGUUCAAGUUUUAGACACUAUUUAUAGGGGAAGAAAUUAAUAUCAUGUUGGUAUUAAUUUUUUGACAUUUUAAUGACAGUUGCAACUAGUUAGCUAUAAUAAUCUCUCAAUGUAGAACUUGAAAAUGUAUAUUGCACAAGUCCCGCUUAAAUCAUGGAGAAUUAUGUAUUUUUUUAAAUACUCAUUUCAUAUCUUAUUAAUUUCCAGUAAUUGUUUUAACAAAAACAUCCUAAAAUCGCUUGCUUACCAUGUAUAGUGGCACAAUGUUCGUAUAUAGCCUUACAUUGUUUUUUCGAGUAGGAUAUGUGAAUAUUUUCUUCUGUAUAUAAAAAUAAAAUUGUCUCCUUA